AUGGACAAGUCGUCAACAGUCAAGGCAUAUAAAGCUCUUUCUGCUAUUAAUCUGAGCACAGAUGCACUGAGAAAUCUGGAUUCUUCUUUUCUAAAGGAUAAUGUUGAAUUUGUCGAAACUUAUAAGGGAAUCAAAUGGGAUGAUAUUAAUUCUUUGAACAAAUUGAUUAGUUUGACUGAGCAGAUUGUAGUAAAGUAUAAAGAUCCCAAUGAUGUAAUCCAAAUGGCAAUAGAGACCAUAUUUGUUCAAGUGCUCCAGGAAUAUCCAUUACUCUUCGGAUAUUGGAAGAAAUUUACUGCUGUGCAAUACCAGUUACAUGGAUUAGAUAGAUCUAUUCAGACUUUGGCAAAUUCAGUAGAAGCAUUUCCCACUAGUUUAGAACUCUGGUGUGAUUAUUUGAACGUGCUUUGUACAAAUAACCCCGAAGAAACUGACUUAAUAAGAACAAAAUUUAAAGUUGCUAAAUCCUUCAUUGGGUAUCAAUUCUUAUCGCAUCCGUUCUGGGAUAAGUAUAUUGACUUUGAGACCAAGAAUGAGGAAUGGAGUAAUUUAAAUGGUAUUUAUCAAGAAUUGAUCACAAUUCCAUUACAUCAAUAUGCAAAAUAUUGUACCGCUUACAAAAACUUUCUUCAUGGUAAGAAUUCACUUCCUGAAUUCAAAGAUGAUAACCUAGAUUCUAAAUUUAAGAGAACAUACGAUCUAGUGAAUAAAAUGUGGGUAUAUGAAUCACGAAUCAAGAAAAACUUCUUUAAUUUGACGGAAUUACCCAAGGAUGAAAUACAAAAUUGGAAACAGUAUUUAGAAUUUAUGACUGAAAAUGAAGAUAAAUUGCAAUUAAAAUUGAUUCUAGUAAAAAGUAUUUUUGAAAGAUGUCUUAUACCGUGUCAAAAUGAAGAAAUAUUCUGGUUACAAUAUGCUCAAUGGAUGGAAUCCCGCAUGGAAUUAAAAGAUAGGGAAUCAUUUACGCUAGAGGAUGUUAUUGCUUUAUAUACAAGAGGUAAUAAAUCAUUGGCCGUUCAGCAUACGAGAUUUCGUUCAAAUUUCAUUAUAUUCUUAAAGAAAUCAUUCAGGAAAAAUAAAGAGUAUAUCUUUAAUGUUUUUACUGAGACAAUUUUUACACUACUCAAUUAUUGCCCGAAUCAGAUAACUCUUCUGAGAGAGUACUUGAUUCUAAUGAAAAGGUUUAAAUUUUCCUCCAGCUUGGGAGAAAAGGAACGAGAAAUUUUAGGUCAACAGACAUCCUAUACGCAUCUUUUGGAGCAGUCCAUUAACAACUUUAUUGACGAUAGGAUAGAUAAGACAAACCCAUUGGAGGAGAUGAUUAAUGACUAUAAUCUGUCAAUUGUCGUUACUGAACUGAUUAAAAUGACGUGGCUAGUCCUUAAAAAUAAUAUUCAAACAAGAAAACUUUUCAAUCGUUUCGGUAAAAUGAAACAAUUGAAUUCAUCUGAAUCAUUUUGGUUAACAUACUACAAAUUCGAGAAAACGACAAAAAAUUUUACCAAAUUAAAUAAAUUCAUUAAUAACCUUGGUAGAAAGAUUCUAUUACCUACCGCAACCAUUAAUGACAUUUUGGUGGAUUAUCGUAGUUUUUAUUUGCUCAACUCUAAUCUGAAUGAUUAUUGUGAUACGUUAUUAUUGACAGAGUCUUUGCAAGACGAGAAAUUGGUGGAUCCAAUACUCUACUCACAAUUUAAAAUUAAUGAUCCACAGUGGAUAAGGACUGAGUAUUCUGAUAUGCUACCAAUAGAUUGGUAUAAAACACAAAUUUUCCAAGAGAAUGGGCACCCUGGCCUUCCGUUAGUAAGGCCUCAGAUAGCCAAUACUAUCAUUGAAAAAGAUUCAAAAUCAUUUGGACAAAAACCUCCAUCAUUGCCAUUAUUUAGGAAUUUGGAAAAGAUUAAUAAGCAAAAUAAAUAUAAAGAUAUAUUUACGGAGGAGUAUGUAAAUACGAUGUAG